UAUGUAUAGAAAAAUGCAUGAAUAUGAAUGUUAAAAAAAUGUGUAUAAUUAUGAAAUUAACUAAUGAUGUUUAUGUCCCGUCAAAAAAAAAAAAAAAAAAAAAAAAAAAACUAAUGAUGUUUAUGAAGAAUGUAUCAAUCUCAGCACGAUAUUGCCAUGCUGCCAGAUAUUUAUUAAACAUAUUUACAGCUCAUUACACUACUUUUCUUAAUUUUAAUAUUUCAACCUUAGCAGCUUCCUAAUCUUCUUUCACUCCCACUAAUCUUCCACCAUCUCCCUCAAUUUUAGUUGGUCAACUUCCUUAAAACACCCACAAAAUAUGAUUACUAGUCAUCCUAUCAUCUCAGCAAUCACCUUCCUCCUGAUCCUCUUUCCCCCUUGUGGCAAUGCUGUCCCUGCUGACAAUGCCGUCUUUGACACUAAGGGCCGGCCACUCCGAGCUAAGUCAAGGUACUACAUCCUUCCGGUGGCUCAAGGCCAAGGUGGUGGCCUAACAAUGUCACCUAAAAACAGAACCACAUUUUGUCCUCUUCAUGUUGCGCAGGAGGAUCAGGAAAUCUACCCUGGCCUUCCUGUAUGGUUUCUUCCCAAAGACUCCAGCCAACGUGUGGUUACUCUCUCCUCUGACCUCAACAUCCUCUUCAAUACGGUCAAUAUAUGCCUGCAAUCCGCUGGGUGGCAAUUGAUCGUUGAUCACACCAUGAGGAGGAAGUAUGUGACAACCGGAGGAGCCAUUGGAAAUCCAGGGGAGGAGACGAUAAGUAGUUGGUUUAGCAUAGAGAAGGCUGGGAGAGGGGUUAAUAUAGAUGAUUAUCAUUAUAUGAUUGUGUAUUGUCCAAAUGUUUGUCAAUUUUGUAUGGUAAUGUGUGGACAUGUGGGUGUUUUUGUUCAAGAAGAUGGGAGUAGAUUGCUGGGUCUUACCGAUCGCCCCCUUCAUGUCAUGUUCAAGAAAGCUAGGAGCCGCUCAAAGUCGUCGUGAGUUUAUAUUGAAUUGUUGGGCUGAAUUUAUGUUUGCCCUUUCCUCUUUUUGUGACCUCAGCUAUAUAUCAGCUAGUGUUUUUAUUCAUCUCUGAAAUCUCUAAUAAUUCACGUAUAAAUGCUGUGAUUAACAUCAGUUCAUAUGGAUGCCGCGAGUGCAAACUCAGAAAUAAGCACUUAAGUACAUAACGCGAGUAUCUGCUUAAUAAAAUUGAGUUUUAUACUUGAACUCAAUGUUGGUGUUUAGAUGAGUAUGAAUGUAUGAUUAUUCAUAAUCUAGUGCCUACUGAUUAUUACUUCGUAUUACAGAUCCUAGUCCCUCUUUAUCCUGGGAGAGUCUAUCUUACAUUGGAGUAAUUAUUUUUUUGUUACAAAUAUAAGGACUUAUUUGGUUGCGCUCGAUUUGUACAGGUUUGCAGAGAAACCUUACAUGUCCAUAAUUCCUUAAUACAAUUACUUUGUCUAUUUUGUUCCCACUUUCUAAUCAGAUACAUGUUUGUAGCAUUCGCAAUGCCUUUAUGCAUCUUGUGAGAAUGUAAAACGAAGAAACUAUAAAUGAUGAAUGUUCACAGGAGAUGAAUUGUACUGCAGCUAGUUGGGGAUAUGGUGUUGUAAGUCCCAUUGAAAAAUAUAUUUGUUGAUCUAGCCUCGAGUGACACUGAUGAUGAUGCUUAUAUUACUGAUGCAGAGUCAUACAAAUAAACAUGUUAGCACCUAAAGUAAUACAAGUAGGAUUUUUAUAAUUAGGACUUACUGCCCUUAUAGGCAUCCCCUGGGUGGUGUGUGCAUUGUGGUCAAUUAACAAGGUUAAUACUCCCUUUGAUUUUGAACAAACGUUGUUUUUGUAGAAGUUGAUCCAAGAUAGUAAUAAGCAAUUCAUCAUAUAUGAAAUAACAUACAUACACUAUAAGAAGAUGUAGUGUAGUUGAUAGUCAUGAUAGAUGUAAAUUAAAAUCUGGCUUAUGAAAUCGCAUGCUAUUGGGAACAAGAUUCCUAAAUUCAGCAUAAGGGAAUCCAAUGGAGAAGAAACUCAUGGGCUAAUAUAUAUAUAUAUAUAUAUAUCUUAAAUUUUUUUUUGUAUUUUUUAUAAUUAUUAUUUCUUUUUUUUUUUUUUUGUAUUUUUGUCUUGUUCUAAUUAUCUUUAUGUUUUUUUUAUUUAACUUCUUAGAUUAGUCAAAUUUAGUAAAGGGCUAACAUUUGAAGUAGUAUAAUGGUCACAAUUUUUGUAUAGCAACUCAAAUUGUGAGUAAAGUCCACCCAAGUUUUUUCCCUAUCAACUAUUUCAUCCACAUUAGCUCUUUUUACAGUUUUUUCUUAGGCCUUACUUUUUUUUGGAUUGCACUUAUUUUCAAUUCAAUUCAGUUUAUAAAACAGGGCAUUAAUCUCUUUUUUUUUUUUUGACUAUCAAAUAAUUAUUCGACUGUUUUUAUGUUUCCCUAUUGUUAAAUUGUUACAAUAGCAACAAAUUUAUGUUAGCCUUCUAAAAUGUUCCAAACAUAAAAAUAGUCAAGUAAUUAUACUCCGUACAUAAAAACUUGAAUAGAUUAUUGAAAAUGAUUGCCAUAAUACAUUUAUACAUUGAAUACGGACUACAGAGUAAUCAUUAUUCAAGACAUAAUUUUAUACAUUGAGUACGGACUACGGAAUACUCAUUAUUCAUAACAUAAUUUUAUACAUCGAGUACGGACAACGGAGUACUCAUUAUUCAUGACAUAA